AUGGUCGCGCAUCGCACUCGUUCCUACUCUCAUGCGAGUGCUUUUCGCGACUGUACGACGACGAGUACGUGCAGACGUUUUUCCUCGUCGAAUUUCCAUCGCGGCGGGAACGGAGAUAUCAUCGACCAUCCGGGAAACAGACAAAACUUUCUCAAGGUUUCCUCCUCGUCUACUCGCGAUUUGAAAAUCAAAUCCGCCUGGGGGGACGACGUGCAGUUCUUUCCCUGUACGUUCGUCAAGAAACCAAGAAAAGUAACCGCAAAAGGCGACUUGUAUGCACUCUCGAUUGGUGGUGGACAUUUGGAUGAAAUGAUGGAAAAAUUUUCCACCCCGGGGCAGUACGUGCAGAUGAAAGUGCUUCCGUCGGACAAACCGGCGUUUAUCGCCGUCGCGAACGGACCUAAAAUGGCGAAGAAAACGAACUCGUUCGAGUUUUUAGUGAAACGUCCGAGCGAAGGGUACGCGGAUAAAGACACCGGGGAGGUUUUACAGUCGACGGCGCAAAAAGUGUGCGAUUUGGAUUCGGAGGAGGCGAGCGUACUCGUCUCGGCGCCGAUGGGGAAAGGAUUUCGUCUCCCGGAGGACGAGAUCGGGGACGUGUUGUGCUUUGCAGCCGGGAGUGGGAUUAGUCCGGUGAAAAGUUUCUUAGAAGAAGAAGGGUUUACGCAUAACGGCGAGACGUACGUUUUUUACGGCACGAGAGAUGCCGCGCACACGGCGUUCGCGGAGGAGUUGAAGACGACGAUGGGCGGUCGAGCGAAAAUCGUCAACGCGUACAGCGCGGACGGGAACGGGUACGCGCAGGAUUAUUUUAAAAGAAUGAUAGAUUCCGGGGAGUUGAAGUUGAAAGAUCCGAAAAAAGCGAUCGCGGUUCUGUGCGGGCAGAAAGAGAUGACGGAACAAACGAUCGAGAUGUUAGAAAACGCCGGCGUGCCGCGAGAACGCAUUCUCAUGAACUUUUAA